AUGUCCAAAGCUCUUUGUCCAUCGUCGACAACGUCCGAGGCGUUGCCUCACGCUACCAUGAACGACCUGCAAGACCAAAUGAAUCGAGUCCCCUCGCUGGUGUACCUGUGUCAACGAGUCGCUGGCCAGCACACUGAUCUGAUCACCAGUCUCGGGGAAUGGACUCGCUAUGACUUGGUGAGACCAAUCCUGGAGAAAUGUAACGUUGACCAGCUGUUGAGGCUAGAAGGAGCCUCGCCGCACUUGCAAUCUGGUACGCCAGACAUUUGGAAGUCCCUUUGCUUCCAAAAAUACCGGAUGCUAGCAGAAGAACAUUACUCUAUAGACGACCAACCUGAGGAACCAGACUCAUGGAAACGCCGUUAUUUCUUUUUGCAAGAUGCUGAGACAAGAAGAUUCGAAGAAAUCGGUUCGAAAAUUCGUUCUCAACGCAUGGAGGCAGAUGUACGCAAGAAAGAAAGAGAGGUGAGAUUCACCGAUCGCGUGCCGCCUCCGAAACGUCCCCGAACGGGUGGUUGGGGUCUACCGUCCCAACCCAAGACUCUGUUUCAAAAGGCUCGAGGAGAAGCUUCCAAAAUACAAAAAGCCUUUUACAGCGCUCGGUCCUUACCUCCCAUGCCAACCGGUAAAACACAUCGAGUUCUUGCAAAGCCCGAUGAUUCGAUUCUUCCGCCGCUGCCCAACUCGACAGUGCCAAGUCGAGUUACAGUCAGAACUGUUACGGUCCAAGUCCCAGUGCAGCGCCGUUUACAAGCCACUGCUUCCAGUUCAAUGACCGCUUCCAGUCCAAGUUCAUCUUCAAGUAGGACGCCAGUAUCAUCAUCUAGCUCGUCGCGGACCACAACGCCAUCUGGCUCACCUCCUGCGCCCUCAAUAUCAAGGGGUCUGACCCAACUUCACCUUGAUACGCCUCGAUCAAAGGAUCACAGCAAAUCUAAAGGCGAAAUUGCCAAGGUUACCCCGAGAGUCCCGCCCGCGGUUCCUGCCAAUGCGCCUCCACCGCCCACGCGUCUGCUUAAAUCACCUGCACCGCUGAAGAAGGAUCCUAUGGCAUCUCUCUUCGUUCCGAAACAUCGGGCAUAUUCGCAACGACCUGUGCGCUGA